AGUACGGGAGUCUAAUCUUGGCAUGAGGGGCUGCAGAGGGUGGAUCAGAUGUCAAAUCUCUCACUGUAAUAGCAGUCUCGCCUGGAGAUUCCCACAGACUCCGUGGGAGUCAUUUUCACGACUUAAUAACACCGCCACAUUGAUAGACGUGACCGAGACAGCAGAAAAUAGGGUGCUGAGACAGAGCUGCUGCUAUUUGGACCUGGAUGAGAAAAAAUUGAGCGGUGAAAGGGCGGGAACCGAUUUGGAUCUCCGUAUUUUUGUCACACUCAUAUGAACCAUGGCCAUGAGCAGGACUGGGAUACAACUGCAGUUUCUGCUUUACUCGGUGUCAGCCUACCUUUCACCGUAUAAUCUGGAUAAUAUCCUUCCUAUUCCUACAGGCCAGGAUCCAAGCGAUGUCUUGAACAGAUUUGACCCUUGUUGUCUGUUGACUCCGCCUCCACCUCCUUUGUUCCCGCCCCCUCCUGGUGUUUGGAAGAGGGAACCUGCUUUGCCGCAUCCUGUGGUGAGGAUAAUUGAGAAAGACGAGGAUGAGGAGGAGCAGAUCAAAGAACGUUGUGUGGAGGGACCAACAGGACCUCCAGGACCUGCUGGACCACAGGGUGACAGGGGUAUUCCCGGGAUGGUGGGACCUAAGGGAGAUAAGGGUGAUUUAGGACGACCAGGGUCAAAGGGUCGUACCGGCCGUCCAGGUCUGCCUGGAAAACCAGGUUCUGCAGGGCUUCCGGGCCCAGAGGGACCUAAGGGAGAGAAAGGUGACCCAGGACUGAUGGGAAUGCCAGGAAUGAGAGGACCAGUUGGACCUAAAGGCUUGGCAGGGUACAAAGGAGAGAAGGGUGCACGUGGGGAUUUUGGACCUGCAGGUCCAAAGGGAGACAAGGGAGCUACUGGACUGCCAGGGAUGCUGGGACAGAAGGGUGAAAUGGGACCCAAGGGUGAGUCUGGUGUGUCAGGGAAACGUGGCCCUACAGGACGACCUGGCAAGCGAGGCAAACAGGGGGCUGACGGAGAGAGAGGUUUCUCAGGGCCAGUGGGUCCCAUAGGUCCACCUGGACCCAGGGGCCACCCUGGACCUCCUGGAGUACCAGCAUCAGGGCUGUUUGUAGUUGGGGAAAAAGGUGAAAUGGGAUUGCCUGGUCCUCCUGGAGUCUGUGACUGCAGCUUCCCUUCUCUCAGCCCAGCCAGUGCCCCCUUACAACACCGGAAUAAAUAUGGCAAAGUUCCAGCAAUAUUUGUUGUGGGUAGUGAGGAAGAGCUAAAAGGUCUCCAUGAAAAUAAUGCACUCGCCUUUAGAAAAGAUCAGAGGUCGCUUUACUUUAAAGAUGAAAAUGGAUGGGAGCCCAUUCAGCUGAUGCCGCUCCAGGCGACUGAGAGAAUGAGGGAUGGGAAUGGAGUUUGUGGUGAUGGAGAUGUGCAGGAACUCAAUGGUGAGGAAUGUGACGAUGGAAAUAGGGUUGUUACAGAUGACUGCAUAGGUUGUAAAAAAGCAUACUGUGGUGAUGGAUAUCGUAACGAGGGUGUAGAGGAGUGUGAUGGGAAAGACUUCGGUUACCAGACCUGCAAAUCAUAUCUUCCAGGCACCUUUGGGCAACUCAGGUGCACCGACUCCUGUUUCAUUGACUCAACUGGCUGUAAAUACAGGAUCUGAAGACUACAAAAGCUCAAAUCACAUGUGCGAAGGAAAACCAACUGAGAUCAACAGUAUUUAGCUGACGAUCUGAGAGUAUUUGGCAGAUUCUGUCAUCUCUCUCAUCUCUCAACACACACACACACAAU